UAUCAUUGAAGAGUAUGUCAUGUAGGAGUUGUGGUCGUCCAAACGGGGGCGCACUGUAUGGAGGAGGGAUGGAGGGAGGAGGGAUGGGGGAGGAGGUGGGAGGAGAGCCUCGGCUGCCAUUGGCUCCAUACGACCUUAUAAAUACAAGCAAAUGGCUUUUACCGGCUCAGAGACACCGGAGACCCCGGACUGAGGACAGCACAAGCAGGCAUGCGGGAUUUUGGACUUUUCUACCUUUUAUUGCGUGUUUGAAAACCAAUGAAGGACAGACGGUCGUGUCAGAAAGUAUCUCUGAUAUCCAGCAUGGAUCCCAGUCAGAGUGUGAAGUGUAAGAUAGUGGUGGUGGGAGACAGCCAGUGCGGGAAGACAGCCCUGCUUCAUGUGUUCGCCAAGGACUGCUUCCCAGAGAGCUACGUCCCCACAGUGUUCGAAAACUACACAGCCAGCUUUGAAAUCGACACGCAGAGGAUUGAGCUCAGUUUGUGGGACACCUCAGGAUCUCCGUACUACGACAACGUGAGGCCUCUAUCCUACCCAGACUCGGACGCUGUCCUCAUCUGUUUUGACAUCAGCCGCCCUGAAACACUUGACAGCGUGCUGAAAAAGUGGAAAGGGGAGAUCCAGGAGUUUUGUCCGAACACAAAGAUGCUACUGGUCGGCUGCAAGUCGGACCUGCGAACCGACCUGAACACACUGGUGGAGCUUUCCAACCACAGACAGACGCCAGUCUCAUAUGACCAGGGUUCCAGCAUGGCCAAGCAGAUCUCGGCGCCCUACAUCGAGUGCUCGGCCCAGCAGUCGGAGAACAGCGUCAGGGACAUCUUCCACGUGGCCACGCUGGCCUGCAUCAACAAGAACAACAAGAACGUCAAGCGCGGCAAGUCCCCUCGCGGCAACAAGAGGAUUUCGCACAUGCCCGGCAGGCCAGACUUGGCGGCCGUGGCCUCAGACCUGCGGAAGGACAAAGCCAAAAGUUGCUCGGUCAUGUGACCAAUCAGACUGAGGGGGAUUGGACUGAGAACGAGGACGGGACACAGUGCGAGCAGGAAGCCGCGGGGCGACGCUCUCCCCUGCAUGCUAAAAACCCCUCGUUUGUCUGGAAGGGGGUUUUAUAAGCUUCAAUUUGUGUACAUCUCAACGCGUAGUAGCAUCCCAACCCACGUGCCCCCCCCAACCCCCCCCCCAACCCACUGCCCUGCCAGAAGAGGAAGCUAUCCGUCAGCGAGCUACCUGCUCAGGGAAGUGACCCGCUUCCUCCGGGGAGGACAAAGCGGACGCAGUCGAGGCUUUCCACACCCAACAGGAAAUGAGCAUGAGGGAUGAUGUCAUUAGGAGACUCAUUUUGUGAACGGAAGAGGGGUUUAAGAGCAUGUGAUCGUUUAGAGGAGAGCCAAAGGCGGCGAUGGGUUGGGGUUUGCUGCCGUUUGUGCCGGAUCAAAGACCCUUUUUUAGGGCUUAGUUUGGACCUGAUUCACUCUCACCCCCCUCCCCGUUCCUGUAACUGUUAGACACUAGGAAGGGGAAUUUCUCAGUGCUGCACAAAGGAAACCUGACUCUGUGUGUCCCAUGUCUCUUUUGAUAUGUCGUCGGUAUAAUGUGAAGUCAUUGGUGUAUAGCCGCAUCCUUGUUUUGUUUUAAACUCCACCCUGUUGAGUUUCAGCCAUGAACAGCUGAUCGAAUCUUAAGUUAACAACCGCACGUUCGUAGCAAUCGGACUGCCAUUCCGUGGCCGUUGGUUUCACGUCUAAGGCCUACAUAUGCACAAGGAGAGAUUCUUCGUGACUCCUUUUGUAUCGUACUGGGGAGAUCCUUAAGUCCAUUUUAUAAACAAAUGCAUUGUUAAUUAGUGGAUCUCUUUUGACAUGAGAAAAAUGCAAAAUAACUCAUUACACGUUUAAAAAACCCUUUAAUGGACCCUUAAUGGUUCGAAAAGCUUUGGUUGAAGUGAAAACGUGUCUAAUUGUGUCAAAUCGUCCUGCAGGCUUACAGCCGGUUUGAGCUAUGAGUCAUUUUCCCACCACACUUGAGGGAGGGAGUAGAUGUGCGAGCAACAAUUAAAGCUUGUUUAUUAGACUCUGAAAAACAUCAGAGCCCCUCUGCUUUGCAUUUCCCUGAAAUGUUCUGACACCGCUGUUGGGUAAAAAACCUCAUAAAGGCCCUGUCACGCCAGCUAACCGUUUGGAUCCCUCAAUUAAUUGUUAAAGUUGUUUUUCAUUGCUUUUUACCAUUUUAGAGACUGAAUGACAAAUUGGGAAAAUAAUCAGCAGAUUAGCAGAUAAUUGAAACGGUCAUUAGCACUACUUGAUUGAAUGUACCUAACUGGGAACAAAACGUUGGCGGCUGAGUCGUCAGCAUAGAAAGAAAACAAAAAAAGAAGCUAAUAGAGCUAAAUUUGAGUUAGCUGGCUGGCUAGUGCGUUAGCGAUUAGCUCACCCGCUACAGCAGCUCACCUUCUAGAACAACCAAUAUUGUGAAGAUAAGGAAAAGUACUCUGCUGUUCCACUUUUCUGGUUUGACCCGGCCAUCACUCGAACCGAAUAAUUUUAUGUAAACAACAAUUGGGCGUUAAUUCGAAAACGAGCGACUCUUCUAAAGUCUUGAGAAACUGUGUUGUUUACACUGUAAAGUUGUUGUUUUUUCCCCUCCAAACAGUGCAAUUAAGGAGGUGUUUGAUAUAUCAAAAGUAUUGAUGCACUUUUAAUGUAACUUCCCCCGAUUUAUCGUGUUCAAAUGCCCACGCUGUAGAAUUUGGCAGCCCAGUUGCCCAUCUUGAUUUGCUAAUCUGUCGUCUCUUCCCCCCGUGUGCAUUGUCAUGUUUUCUUGAAUGUUGAUGUCACCUUCAGAUGUCUUUGCCAAUGUUGUUUGCCGCAAUAUUUAUUGAAUUAUAUAUUUUCCCUUUAGAAUAAAUGCAAAUGGAAUUGAA